GGACUCCAUAUAGAGUUUAAUACAACAAUAAUAAUAAACAUGUGUUUUGUAUUGUUUUUGUUGAUCUAAUAGUCAAAUAUAAUUUAGUUGUAAUAUAAUUGUGUGAUUAUAGUGACUGUAAUAUCACUGAUUGAACUGAUCAAACCAUUUGAUUGUCCAUUAAUUUAUUAUUUUGUUAUAAUGAAUGCUCCGCCGGCUUUCGAGUCAUUCCUCCUGUUCGAGGGCGAGAAGAAGAUCGGCAUCGAGAAGGACACCAAAGUACCCAAUGCGGCCAUCUUUACCGUCCAGAAAGAGGAUCACACUCUUGGAAAUAUGAUCCGCAUGCAACUCCUGAAAGAUCCGCAAGUAUUGUUCGCCGGCUAUAAGGUUCCCCAUCCGUUGACCCACGAGUUUGUACUACGGGUCCAGACAUCGGCCGAUUAUUCACCGCAAGAGGCACUGCUGAACGCCAUUACCGAUCUGAUCAGUGAACUGUCGCUACUCGAGGAACGAUUCCGAGAAGCGGUUCGCGAAAGACAAGAAGGAAAUGACUGAAUGAAUCGUAUGAUAUCUACAGUAUCUGAUCCAUCAAUAUAUAUAUAUCUCUCAUAUAUAUAAUAAUCAUUUAAUUUAAACAAUU